AUGGCGGAGUCGUCGGAGAACUUCUGCAGCUCCACAGAUCCACAGACAGUCGUGUGUGUCCCCUCGGCCGUGUCUUCGUGUCUUGGCCCCGACAGACAGACCCCCAGACCCCCAGACCUCCGGACAGAGCAGGACAUGCCUCUACCCGUGCAGGUCUUCAACUUUCAGGGAGCAGUUGAGCCCAUGCAGAUUGAUGCAGACCCCCAGGACGACCAGCAGAAUGCACCGGACAGUAACUACAUCGUGGAGAAUCCAACGCUGGACUUGGAGCAGUAUGCCACCAGCUACAGCGGCCUGAUGCGCAUCGAGAGGCUGCAGUUCAUCGCGGAGCACUGCCCUCAGCUGCGGGUGGAGGCCCUGAAGAUGGCGCUCACCUUUGUCCAGCGAACGUUUAAUGUGGACACGUACGAAGAGAUCCACCGGAAGCUGACCGAGGCCACGCGGCUGGAGCGGGAGGCGCAGGCUGUCCCCGAUACGGUGCCUGACGGGGGCGCUGUUCCCCCUCCCCUGGACUCUGCAUGGGCGGAAUCCACCAGAAAAAAAGCUUUGCUCAAACUGGAAAAACUUGACACAGACCUCAAGAACUACAAAGGAAACUCCAUCAAAGAGAGCAUCAGGAGAGGACAUGACGACCUGGGAGACCACUACCUGGACUGUGGAGACCUCAGCAACGCACUCAAGUGUUACUCCAGAGCACGAGACUACUGCACCAGCGCCAAGCACGUCAUCAACAUGUGCCUCAAUGUCAUCAAGGUCAGUGUGUACCUACAGAACUGGUCCCACGUCCUGAGCUACGUCAACAAGGCAGAGUCCACCCCAGAGAUCGCAGAGCAAAGAGGGGAGAGAGACAGCCAAAAUCAGGCCGUUCUCACCAAACUAAAAUGUGCAGCCGGUCUGGCAGAGUUGGCGUCUCGUAAAUACAAACCUGCAGCAAAGUGUUUUCUUCAGGCCUCGUUCGACCACUGCGACUGUCCAGAGCUGCUCUCCCCCAGUAACGUGGCGGUGUACGGAGGCCUGUGCGCGCUGGCCACCUUCGACAGACAGGAGCUGCAGCGGAACGUCAUCUCCAGCAGCUCCUUUAAGUUAUUUUUAGAACUAGAACCUCAGAUCCGGGACAUUAUUUUCAAAUUCUACGAGUCGAAAUACGCGUCUUGCCUCAAACUCCUGGAUGAGAUGAAGGACAACCUGCUGCUGGACAUGUACCUGGCCCCUCACAUAAAGAUACUGUACAGCCAGAUCCGGAACAGAGCCUUGAUCCAGUACUUUAGCCCGUAUGUAUCGGCGGACAUGACAAAGAUGGCGAUAGCCUUCAACACCACGGUGGCAGCGCUGGAGGACGAGCUGACCCAACUCAUCCUCGAGGGACUGAUCAACGGCCGCAUCGACUCCCACAGCAAGAUCCUGUACGCCCGAGAUGUGGACCAGAGGAGCACCACGUUUGAGAAGUCUCUGCACAUGGGCAAAGAGUUCCAGCGCAGAGCCAAAGCCAUGAUCCUCCGAGCGGCUGUGCUCCGCAACCAGAUCCACGUCAAGUCCCCUCCCAGAGAAGGCAGCCAGGGCGAGCUGACCGCGGCCAACAGCCAGAGCCGAAUGAGCACCAACAUGUGA